AUCUCUCUCUCUCUCUCUCUCUGUGUCAAACCCAACUCAGUUCCCAUAAAGAAACCCUCUUUGUCUCUCUCCCUCUCUCUCUCUCUUUCUUCUCCAGACUCUUGCUGAUCCACUCUCCAAUGGAAGCCCCAAAGAAGCUUCCCUCCCUCUCUUUGCUUCAAACCAUUCAGAUGACAUGGUGGGUAUGAGCUCCCGCUCAAAAUUGAUCAGUUCUUUCCAAAAAUGGCAGGCCUCUUCUCUCUAGGCAGCGGCGGAAGAGGAACCCACAAGGAACAAUCCCAACCACCGGCUGCCGCCGCAGAAUUAGAGACCGAACAGGCCAACCACAGCAGCGGCGUCGACCCCAACUGGCUGUGGUAUCGGAACGGCGUGGUGUCUUCCUCUUCUUCUUCCUACAAGGGCUUCGAGCUAUGCCACCAGCUACAACCGCAACUGCAGCAUCCGCAAGAUCUCUACCUGUCGUCGUCGCCGUCGCCGAGGAUGAACGCGUCGGAUGACGAGAGCCUGAGAUCGGGGCCGUCGGCGUUCCUGCUGAUGAGGGAAGGGGGGAUCAGCUGCCAGGACUGCGGCAACCAGGCCAAGAAGGACUGCGUCCACCUCCGCUGCCGCACCUGCUGCAAGAGCCGCGGCUUCCCCUGCGACACCCACGUCAAGAGCACCUGGGUCCCCGCCUCCAGGCGCCGCGAGCGCCAGCAGCUCCAGCUCCUCCACGGCGGCGACUGCGUCAAGCGCCUCCGCGAAGACCACGAUCUCCCUCACGCUAAUUCCUCCGGGUUGGAGAUGGGGAAUUUCCCGGCGGAGGUCAACUCGUCGGCGGUGUUCCGAUGCGUGAGAGUCAGCUCCGUCGACGAUGCCGACGACCAGUACGCGUACCAGACGGCCGUCAACAUCGGUGGGCAUGUCUUCAAAGGGAUACUCUACGAUCAGGGGCCCGAUCAUGCCAAUUACAUGGCCGCUGGCGAGAGCUCCUCGGUGCACCUCGGCGGUGACAGCGGCAGCGGGAUCCAACAGCUCAAUCUCAUAGCUGCUGCGGCCACUGCCGGCGAAACGAUGACGACGGCGGAGGAUGGCAACAACAAUGCGGCGGUAUCACAGGUCGCGGCUCCUCUCUUCGACCCGUCUUCGAUGUACCCAACUCAGUUCAACAACUUCAUGGGUGGCGUGCAGUUCUUUCCUCACCCGAGAUGAUGUUAGGAAAAACCCCGCGCCCGCUCUAAUCUUUUUGACAUGGGAUUAAGGGAGUCACCCUUCUGAUUACCUCGAGGUCUUAGCGAUGGUUGCGCAUCAUCAUUUCGAUUGUUCGGGUCGGUUCCGAUCAGCGGCCCAAGCUUUCACAAUGUAAAAUUUUUGGAAGAGUGGUUAGACGAGUGUGGUCUAACUCGACCUUGUCUAAGCUUUUACAGUGUAAAACUUUUUGGAAGAGUGGUUAGACAAAUGUGGUCUAUAACUUGACCUUUUGGGGAUAUCAGAUGAUAUGAUAUUAUUAUA